GUAGACCGCUUAUAGGCUCUGUUUCUUCAAAGUUUAUUCUAAUAGAAAAUCAGUACGAAGGUUGUUGUAAUGGCGAGUAGAAAGCUGGUUCGAGAUUUACUGAUCACAAAGCAGCCUCUUUUCCAGCAAUUGGUGCACCAACGGAGAGUGGGCGCAAGACUAGGGCUUCUGUCGGGAAAUGGGUUUGCGAGUCAUCGCCGGUUUAGUGUUUUCAGUGAGUUCUCGAAGAAAAUUAGAGGAGAAGCUGAUAGCAAUCCUGAAUUUCAAAAAACAGUGAAGGAGUUCAAGGAAAGAGCAGGAGAGUUGAAAGGUGUUAGAGAGGACUUGAAAAAUAGAACGAAACAAACUACUGAGCAGCUGUAUAAGCAAGGUCAUGGAGUCUGGACAGAGGCUGAAUCUGUGGCCAAAAAGGUCUCUUCAAGUGUGAAAGACAAGUUCUCAGCAGCCACAGAAGAGGUCAAGGAGUCAUUCAAGCUCGGUAAGGAGGAGAAUGCAGAGUCAGCAAGUUCAUCAGGCACAGGAACCACUGAAGGAGAAAAACAACAGCAGCAGCAGCAAUCAGGUACUACGGCGGAGCAAGAUACAUUUUUUGGAAAAUUCAAGUCCAGCAUUUCUUCACCAAAACUAUCUGAGGCGUUUCACAAGCCUCUUGACUUUGCAAAGAAGGGACUUGACAUUGUAAAGGAUGAAUUGCGUGGAAACCCAUCUAAAAGGAAGCACCUGGAGUAUACACCUCCGCCGCCAUUUACAGGUGAGAGAAGUACGAGAACGGAGAUAGUGAUUACGCCAACAAAACAGUCUAAGUGGCAAAAAAAAUGGGAAUCCUUAAGAGAAAAGAUGCAAGGUUAUCCUGUAUUUAAACGUCUAAGCGGGAUGAGUGAGCCUGUUGUCAACAAGAGCCAAGAGAUUGCAGAAGAUGUGAGGGAAAAAUGGGAAACCAGUGAUAAUCCGAUUGUUCACAAGAUUCAGGACAUGAAUGAGAAGAUCUUUGAGGAAACAGGUUCUGCAGCGACUUACAAAGAGAUACGUCGCCGAGAUCCAUCAUUCUCCUUGCCGGACUUUGCUGUAGAAAUUCAGGAAGCCAUCAGACCAGUCUUGAAUGCAUAUAGUAAGGGAGAUGCUGAGACCUUGAAGAAGUAUUGCAGCAAGGAAUUGAUUGAACGGUGCACGGCAGAGCACAGAGCUUUCCAGAGUCAUGGCUAUUUUUUCGAUCACAAGCUUCUGCAUGUAUCUGAAGUUGAAGUUAAAGAGACAAAGAUGAUGGGAACUUCUCCAGUAAUCAUCGUCAGGUUCCAAACGCAAGAAAUCUUCUGCGUUCGCGACCAGAAUGGAAAUAUCAAAGAAGGAGGCCAGGACACGAUACACACGGUGUACUACGACUGGGCAAUGCAACAAGUGGAGGCAGCAGAGUUAGGGGAGGAUGCGAUUUAUCCCAUUUGGAGGCUCAGAGAAAUGCUGAGAGCGGGUGUUCAAGCUCUCAUUUAAAUCCUUCAUCAUCUUUUUAACUUGAUAAUAAGUUAAGCCUCUCUCUUUGCAAUGUACCAUUAUUUGCUCAAAUCUUGUUCUCUUUUCGUUACCUUCUUCUCUCUGGAAGGAGUGGGUUCCCAUGUUUCCGGGGAAUAAGUUUUGACAAAUAUAUAAAUAGAUCUCAAGUCUUUUU